AUGCGCUUUCUCAUCUUACUUAUCACUUCAUUCUUCACGCUAAUAGUGGCCUCAAACAACCCGUUCAGUAACCCAUCUAUUCAGCCUCCGCAAGGCGGCGACACGAUCAUCAACCCCAGAGAUGCCGACAUCGACAAGACAUGUAGACGCUUACGUACGUUGACACAGCUCAACAGGAUCGCACAUAACGAGACCCUCAUGAACAUGAUGACCAUGCGCGACAAGUUCGCCCAACAACGCAUCGAUUGGAUCAAGAGCAACAGUGACGACAUCACUGCCAAACUCGACAAGCUGACAUCCAACUCAACGCUGACAGCGAAGUGCGACACCAUCAAUGCGCAGCGCGACACAGCUCGUAAAUGCAAGGCAUUAGUGACCUUGGAAAGACUGGUAAAUUCGACGAACGGGCAGACCGGUUUCAAUGGAGGACCUGCUACGGACUUUCUCAGCGAUGAGCAGGAACAGAAGUUACAGCAAAAGUUCGAGAAAGCGGAACUCAAGCUGCAGCAACUCAGGAGUAAUACUACAUUGAUGGGUCUCUGUAGCAAUGACGUCGUAUCGCAGCAGAAUGGCGCCAUUGGAAGUCAAGUGGUUGACAACAGCGGCGCCAUCAGCAUGACGAAAAGUAGUGCAAGGAGUAAUGUGCAUGAAUCAGGAAAUGCUUCAUCGCUGAUGAUUUUCAUGGUUCUGAUGACAGUGUCGAUGCUGUAG